AUGGAUCACGACGACGACGAUGUAGACCUGGACAUUGUUCCCCUCGUGGGGAAGCACGUCUCGUCGAACCCCGUGGAAGACGCAGCGGCGGUCCGAGAACCAAGAAGAUGGGACUUCUUCGUCUUGACGGUUCCGUUUUUCGGUCUACAGCUUGCCUGGACGAUCCAGCAGGUAUACGGGAUUCCUUAUCUGUCGUCUCUCGGGAUACCCAACACUCAGAUGCCAAUCUUUGUGCUGUCUGGGCCACUGGCAGGUCUCAUCGGGCCGCCAGUUGUGGCAGCACUCAGCGAAACAUGUGGUGGCCGUUGGGGAAGGAGAAAACCAUUCAUCUUCAUCGGCGGCGCAGGGACCAUUAUCUCCUUCCUCGUCCUGGCAGCCGCUGAGUCUCUGGCAGUGAGGUUGGAGUGCAGCAUCCUCGGCUCUGCGUCGUCUGAAGGAACAAAGACAACCUCGCAUGUUGUCGCCGGCCUGAGCAUAUACGCCCUGAACUUCUCCAUCCAACCUCUGUCGCUCGGUCUUCGUGCUUCAGUGGUUGACUGCUUCCGUCCGCACCAUCAGCCCUCGGCAAUGCUGUGGGUCAGCCGCUUCUCAGCCCUGGGGUCAGUAUUUGUCGCUCUCCUUGGGCUGGGGUAUAGUCCAGCCUUCUGGGAUCUGAGCGUCGUGGUGACGUCGAUUGUGGCCCUGCUACUAUGCGUCGUGGCCUUGACAAACACUGCGAGGCUUGGACCGCUGCGGUAUGUGGGCCGAGGAAGAGAUGGAAUUACUGGCCAGGUCUCUCUGUAUGAUCACGUCCGCCGGCUUAUCAAGAAGGCACGUCAUCUACCGCCCACGACACGACAAACUUGUCGCGUGCAGCUUGUGUCAUGGUUCGCUUGGUUCUUGGUGCUGCACUACACCAGCGCGCUCACUUCUUUCGUCUAUGAAGGGACCAAGGUUUCUGAUACUCCGGGUCAAACAUCAUCAUCACCGCCAUCUGGAUCUGCAACUGCAAUGUCUCGCGUCGCGUUGCUCUUUCACACCACCGCUCUUGUGACUCUUGUGACCGUCUCGAUAGUCUGGCAACGAUCUGGCAAGCCAGGACAGACCCACGCGGGGACUGAUGAUGAGGACGUGCUUCGUCGCCACAGCAUCAAAUUAGCCCACACGCGCGACACACUUAUGGGCUGGGUCUGGCGGCCAAGCCUGGCGGCCCUUGCGGCCUCCUUGACUGGAAUUUGUCUGUUUGUCUUUGUGGCCACCAGGCCAUUUUCGUCCACCAUCGCAACCGCGGUAUCCUUGUUGCUCGGCGGUAACGGGAUCCUGUUUGCGUUAUCGAACUGGGUACCGUACGCGCUGAUCGCGUGCGAGGCUUCGGCACAGGCUCGGUCACGGCUUCUUGCGAUCGCAGAGGACACUUCUACCACAGAUGAGGAUGGCAUCCCAAUGCUGCCAGCGGAUGGCGACGAAGGCGACUCUGAUAACGUGGAGUUACAUGACGAUACCCCUUUACUCCUGGCUGUUCACAACAUGGCAAUAACAGUGCCGCAAAUUGUGGCAUCGGUAGCGAGUUGGGUUUUGAUGCAAUUGCUGGCGGCAUUUGGGCUCGAGCAGGAUGUUGUGUGGGUUUUUGCCCUGUGUGUCCCACCUGCGCUUUGGGCAGCUUGCCUCUGA